AUGGAUGCCCACCAGCCCGAACCUGCGAUCAAGUUCAAGCGGCGCAAAACCACGCACACGAAGCGCGCGCGCGUAGAGACGGACGACGUGACCACGCUGGCGGUGCCCCGUUCGCCAGAUGCCGUUCCGACCGUUACUGUUUCGCCUGCUCUCGAGGAGGACGGGACUUCCCUCGCCCUGAAAGAGAUAUUGCGCAACCGCAAGCGGCCCCGCGAUCGCCUCCGCGAGGCUGCGGCGCGCGCGGAGCUCACAAAGACGCAGACAGUCGUGCUGCGAGAGCAAGAUGCAGAUGCGCCGAGGCAUGGUUACACGAGCCGUUUCGUGCCGCAGACAGGACAGGUCAUUGAUACGGACGAUCAACAGAUUACGGAAUACAUAGAAGCCCGCCAAGCUGAAAAGAACCACCGUCUCUAUGGCUGGCCUAUACCGCGCCAUCUUGUAUCCGCCGUUGCAACCCUGGCAUCUGAUCCGCCAUCUCCGUCUGCACACACAGCAGCGCUCAGGCUCAGCCCGCCUACCGCGCCAGAAGCCCGCACAAAAUCCGAAGACCCACCCGACGACGAGAAGGCUCGCCGCCUCGCGGCCGGCAUGGGGAAGCUCGAGGAGAUAGAUCUCGGACCGGCAUCUACCUCGCGCGCGGAGGCUGCGUGGAAGAAGCUGCAGGGUGGAAGUGGAGGCGGAGGCGCGCAAGACCAACCUGCUAAAGUGCGGCUGGGUAGAGAUGGGAAGCCCCGUCGCCAGCCGAAGCGGAGGAACAGCGAGGACAUACGGCGCGACGCCAUGGUCGAGGCCGUUCUGCGGGAGGCAAAGCUGGACUACUUCGACUCGGCGCCCCCUCCCUCCACCUCCACCACUAACAUGCAAACCAACAACGACGAAGCCCUGGUCGAGCAGUUCCGCCAGGAGUUCCUGGACUCGAUACAAGAGCGGCAGCAGCGGAAGCCUGCUCCCCCUGCGCGCGGGGAGAAAGAAGCGCCCAAGGGACCGAAGUUGGGCGGGUCAAGGAGUGCGAGAGCGAAGAUGCAUGCGCUUGAGGAGGCGAAGACCAGCAAGAGGUGA